AUGUUUGAGAAGAUCUCUGAUUCGAUGACAGUAAAGGCUGCAUGGGACACACUGGUACGGUGCUAUGGCGGUAGUGCAUCAGUGAAUAAGGUGAAACUUCAGAGUUUACGUAAGCAGUUUGAGAAUCUCAACAUGAAGAACAAUGAUAAGGUAUUAAGAUCUCUCACUCCUAAAUUUGAUUACAUUGUUGUAGCAAUUGAACAUUCUAAGGAUCUGAGCAUCAUGAGAAUUAAAGAGUUCCAAAGCAUCCUAGAAGCACAAGAGUUGUGUCUAACUGAGAUAACCUCUGAGAGAGAGGUAGAGUGGGCUCUGAAGGCAUCUUUUAGUAGAAAGACUCAGAAACCUUCUUCGUUGGAAGCCAAGAAGAGACAUGGUGGUUCUUAG